AUGCCACGGACAGCUGAAGGGCCGGAAAGCUGCUCCGGCAGCGUGUGGAAUGGCAAAAAUCAGCUCCUGGGGGCGGAGAGCGCUCGCCUCUGCUGGAAAACACCAGGUGCUGGGCAGCCGGCCCCGCUCCGGCUCCUCGGCACACACCUGUCCUGUGGGACAGCAAAUAGGUGUUGCCUGUGCUUGCCCCGCAGGACGGACGCGCCCGGCCCCGGCAGCACCGCGCACUACAGGAACUGGAACCCGCCGCUCCUGGGCAACCUCCCCGAGGACUUCCUGCGCAUCCUGCCCCAGCAGACGGCCGGCACACAGGGCUCCCACAGCUGCCGGCAGCCUGUGCCACGGGGGCUGGGCUCACGGGGCCAGGGCUCCCUGGAGCAGGAGCGGCGAUGGAAGCAGUACCUGGAGGACGAGCGGAUCGCGCUCUUCCUGCAGAAUGAAGAGUUCAUGAAGGAGCUCCAGAGGAACCGGGAUUUCCUUCUCGCCCUGGAGAGAGAUCGAUUGAAAUAUGAGUCAAAAAAAUCCAAGUCGACCAGUGUUGCUGUCAGCAACGACUUUGGUUUCUCCUCUGUAUUAUCAGGUGACGUAGCUCCCUCUGCAACCAGCGAGGCCGGCGGUGCCGUGUCCGACGAUGCCUUAUUCCGAGACAAACUCAAACACAUGGGAAAAUCCACGCGCAAGAAGCUGUUUGAACUCGCCAGAGCCUUCUCCGAGAAGACGAAGAUGAGGAAAUCAAAAAGAAAACACUUGUUGAAGCACCAGGUGAUGGGGACAGCAGCUUCCACAGCAAAUCUUCUGGAUGACGUGGAGGGACAUGCAUAUGAUGAAGAUUUCCAAGCACGGCGGCAGCAGCAGCUCCGGGAGGAGGAGGAGACGCCGAAGGCAGGGCAGUAAACGGUCCCAGCACUGGGGGUUUUUGCUGGCACAGGACGUGCACGAGGCUUCAGCAGGAGAUGGCUGAAAAAGGAAAAUCUCACCCAACAAAUCACCCAGAUUUUGGCUGUUCCCCCUCUGCUGCUGUACUCCUCUGAAGUACAAGUAUCGAAGUGAGGCACAAAGUUUUCUUACCAGUGGUUUGAAAACAACUUUUCCUAUCGAGGAAAUCAGCCAAAAAGGAAAAAAAAAAAAAAGGAAAAAAAAAAAAAAGCGGGCAGCUGCUGCGAGCGGCUGUGGAGGAGCCAGGGGAGCUCAGGCUGGGGAGGAGCAGCCCCACCUGCUCUCUCGGUGCAGGAGGAAUGAAAUCAGUCUGAAAUCAGUUGUACUAACGAGGAUGCACUCACACGUGGGGUCUGCUUGGCCGGAGCACUCCUGAACAUAUCUGUAGUGGUCUGAUGUAACUUCACUCUGCGCACACCGGAACAAAAACCACGUGAGAAAGGGAAGCUAACAGCUGUUGUCUAUUAUUGCUAGGAGUAAUGAGCAGAGAUUCAGAUCAGGUAAUAGUCAAAUAAUAUAAAUUGUUUAUAAAGGAAAGGCCUUCUUUUCCUAGGCAUUUCACUUUGAAUUAAACCUUUGCCUUCGGCAUUGCUACAACUGCCUUGAAGUUGGGAAGAUUUGUGCCACCGUGGGGCAGCACCAAGGGCUGGAUUUCACACCAGUUUAACCCUCACUGAUGGAGCAGGACACAUCCAGCCACGUCUGGGGUGCUAGGGGUGGUCCUGGAGUCUGGAAGCUCCAGGGAUGCCCCCAGGGAUGCUGUAGGUAAGAGGCAAAGCCUGAGCCAGGGGUUGGCAGGGCUGCUGGAGGUGUUUCCAGCACAGAGACUUUGUACCAGGGCUUGGGGGCACCGCUGCGUUUGGUGUGGGGCAGGAGCAGAGCCCCUGCCUCGUGCCCACAGCGCCAGAAUCCUGCAGCUCUCGGAGAUGCUGUCAGGCUAAAAAUAAUUACAUAAACAAAUUCCUUCGCUGUGUAA